AUGUCAAAUCUUACAAAAUUGGAUUUUGGGGCUCUUGAUAUUUCGGGAAAGAAUUAUUUGACAUGGGCCCUAGACGCCCAAAUUUAUUUAAGCGCAGAAGGUUACGACGGUGACACUAUUAAAGAAGGAAAUAAAUCAUCUGACCAACAAAAGGCAAAAGUCAUGAUAUUCCUUCGUCGUCACCUUCACGAGGAUCUUAAAAAUGAGUAUCUUACUGUAACUGACCCACAUGUCUUGUGGAAAAAUUUGAAAGAUAGAUAUGAUCAUCAAAAAACGGUUAUCCUACCAAAAGCUCGAUAUGAAUGGAUGCAUUUACGUUUGCUGGAUUUUAAAAGUACAAGUGAUUAUAAUUCUGCAAUGUUCAGAAAAACUUCUAAGUUAUUAUUAUGUGGAGAAAAAGUAAUUGAUGAAGAUAUGCUAGAAAAAAUAUUUUCCACCUUUCAUGCAUCCAAUGCGCUCCUGCAGCAGCAGUAUCGAGAAAAAGGGGUUUAUUAA